UUUUCUAUUCUUCUAUUGCGAGGCAAGUUUGGGCUCUUACGUAUCCCUUCACCGGAGGGUGGUUUUGAGAAUGGUUCAGUCUUCUCAAACAUUCAAUACCUCUUGUCUAAUAGGAAAAAUGCACUUUGGCCUGAAGAGUUAAGAAGAACCUUUCCGUGGACUAUCUGGCAAAUUUGGAAGAACAUAAACCUUUUGGCUUUCAAAGGCAAAUUCUUCUCUCCUCUUGAGUGUGCUCAAAAAAUUAAAGAAGAUUGGAUUGAAUGGUCUGAGGCUCAGAUUGAGGAGGGUGAGGAGGAGCAAGAAGUAGUUGGUCUAGUUAUCAGUUCGGGUGAUAUUCAAGGCAGCAGGAAAUUUAAAGGUUGUGCCUGGGUUCUCAUGGAUCAUGAUGGUCGGGUUUUGUUGCAUAGUUGGAGAGCUAUGUCCAGGCUGAAAGAUAAACAAGAAGCUCAUUUCAAAGGUUUCUUAUGGGCAAUCGAGAGCAUGAGGAGUCAUAGGGUUGACAAUGUUAUUUUUGCUCGGCAAAAUGAAUGUUUGGUUAAUUCGACUAUGAAACCAGCAGCGUGGCCUUCUUUUAGAUACCAAUCUAUGGAGUUUAGUCUAGCGCUGAAGCGGUUCAAAGCUUGGAAAAUUCUUUUGGAAAACUCAUCUUCAAACAAUGGAGCCCUUCUUAUUGUACAGAGUGUUACAAAUGAUUGUACGUUACAAUCUUAUGUGGCCGUGAGUCAUCCGUCGUGGUUGGAUGGAUUGUUUGCUGAAGAAAGGAGAGUCAUCUCUGCUUGAAUUUGAGUUUUUAGUGCAUAUGGCUCUUA